UCAGGAGGAGGAGAGGAGGACUUUAUAUCCUCAGGAGGAGGACAGGAGGACUUUAUAUCCUCAGGAGGAGGAGAGGAGGACUUUAUAUCAUCAGGAGUUUAUCACUGAGUUUAUCUGUUUGGGUGAACUGUUCCUUGGAAACAUUAUUAUAUAUCUGUGGCUGAGACAAAUAGUUACUACAAUUUGUAUGAUUGAUAAUUGAUGAAUUAUUAGGUGAUUAACAAAUUAAAAGUGUUAAAUAUUUUGUGUUUACUUAUACACUGUAAAAACAAAGAGUGGAUGGAUGGAUGAUUAAGAUUUCUGCACUUCAUGUCAGUGAGAGGAAUGGCUUUUAUUCCGAAAGGGCCGGCCGGAAGUGUCCGUCCUCACCGUUGCGCGCUGACGCAGGAGCGGAGCGGCAGCGGCGGUAGAUGCUGUCCCAUCAUCAGAUCACACCCAACGGGGCUGCAGCGCACCGCUCCUCCCGCACCAACACCAUGACACCCAGAUUCAAACCCGCAAUCUGAGCCGCACUGAGGACCAACCCGGCGGAGGACUGCGUGGACACAUACCCGCACACACACACACGCACGCUUGCUCGCACGCACGCACGGACAGGCGAACAUCGCAGCGACCCGCAGCCAAACACGCAGCGACAGGAACCGAAGCCGGCCGAGGAGAACUCCACUGCGCCGCGGAUUUUGCGCUUUUCGCUCCAGAAACGCGUCCCCGCACGGACACCCCGCAGGAGAAGAGCAACUCCCCGCGAGUCGUUUCACGCAACAACAUGUCAUCGUCGGGCAAGGACGCCAACAGCGGGCAUUACGCCAACUAUGUGGGACCGUACCGCCUGGAGAAGACGCUGGGCAAAGGACAGACAGGUCUGGUGAAGCUCGGCAUCCACUGCGUCACGUGUCAGAAAGUCGCCAUAAAGAUUGUCAACAGAGAAAAACUCAGCGAGUCUGUUCUCAUGAAGGUGGAGCGGGAGAUAGCCAUCCUGAAACUCAUAGAGCAUCCCCACGUUUUAAAGCUGCAUGACGUCUACGAAAAUAAGAAAUACCUGUAUCUGGUGUUAGAACACGUGUCUGGAGGAGAGCUGUUCGACUACCUGGUGAAGAAAGGCCGGUUAACACCUAAAGAGGCCAGAAAGUUCUUCAGACAGAUCAUCUCAGCCCUGGACUUCUGCCACAGCCACUCUAUAUGCCACAGAGAUUUGAAGCCGGAGAACUUGUUGUUAGACGAGAAGAACAACAUCAGGAUAGCAGACUUCGGCAUGGCGUCUCUGCAGGUCGGGGACAGUCUGCUGGAGACCAGCUGUGGAUCUCCUCACUACGCCUGCCCAGAGGUUAUCAGGGGGGAGAAGUAUGACGGGAGGAAAGCAGAUGCGUGGAGCUGUGGAGUCAUCCUGUUUGCACUUUUAGUGGGCGCUCUGCCUUUUGACGAUGACAACCUGAGGAACCUUUUGGAGAAGGUGAAGCUGGGAGUAUUCCACAUGCCUCACUUCAUCCCUCCAGACUGUCAGAAUCUGCUGCGCGGUAUGAUUGAAGUGGACGCCACCAAGAGGCUCACGUUAGAGCAGAUCCAGAAGCACACGUGGUACAUAGCUGGAAAGAACGAGCCGGAGCCCGAGCAGCCCGUCCCCAGGAAGGUGGCCAUCAGGACGCUGGCUACAGCCGAGGAGAUCGACCCUGACGUCCUGGAGAGCAUGCACUCUCUGGGCUGCUUCAGGGACAAGGAAAAACUGACCAAAGACCUGCUGUCUGAGGAGGAGAACCAGGAGAAGAUGAUCUACUUCCUGCUGCUGGACCGUAAGGAGAGGUAUCCGAGCCACGAGGACCAGAACUUGCCGCCGCGCAAUGAGAUCGCAGACCCUCCCAGGAAGCGUGUGGAUUCACCCAUGCUGAGCCGUCACGGUAAGCGCAGACCGGAGAGGAAGUCUAUGGAGGUGCUGAGCGUCACGGAGGGAGGAUCUCCCGUCCCCGUGCGACGAGCCAUCGACAUGGCGACCCACGGUCAGAGCAAAUCUGUUUUCAGUAAAAGUUUGGAUAUCACAAACGCUAACUGCAGCAAGGAAGAAAGAUCGCGGUCGAUCAGUGGAGCGUCCUCCGGUCUGUCCACCAGUCCUCUCAGCAGUCCCAGGCCACACCGGCGGUUUUUCAUCCCGCCCCAGUCCCCAGACCUGUGUCAGUCCCCGAACUGCAGUCCCACCCACUCCCCUGAGGUCCGCCUUAACGGGGUGGGGCCACGCACGCCCAACUCCUACCAUCCAAAGAUGGGGUCCCCCCUCAUGCACCCCCGCACGCAGACCCUCCCCGCCAAGCCCAAAGUGUCAGAGAAGCCCCUUCAGACCACCAGGUCCAACCCUCUUCCCAACACAGCCCAGACCCCCACCACCCCCAAAUCUGAGCCCUCUACACCCUGCCAGUCUCUGGCUCCCUGCAUCCCCAACAGCCCGCGGGUGAGACGCCAUCCACCCCUCACCGUCCCCCCGAAGCUCUCCAUCCCCCUUUCCCCUGUGCCUCCUAUGUCGCCCCGCCGUCGCCACCACCACCUCCACCCUGACCACAACGGCAAAUCUGUCCCCAUCACGCAGGUUACCCCCCACCCCUCCCCCAGAGGGAGCCCUCUCCCCACCCCUAAAGGCACCCCGGUGCACACGCCCAAGGACAGCCCGACCGGUACGCCCAGCCCGACGCCGCCGCCCAGCCCCUCCAUUGGAGGCAUGCCCUGGAGGACACGCCUCAACUCCAUCAAGAACAGCUUCCUGGGCUCGCCACGCUUCCACCGCAGGAAAAUGCAAGUUCCCACCCAGGAGGACAUGUCCAGUCUAACUCCGGACUCUUCUCCAGAGCUGGCUAAGAAGUCGUGGUUUGGUAACUUCAUCAACCUGGAGAAGGAGGAGCAGAUCUUCAUUGUGAUCAGAGACAAACCUCUCAGCUCUAUAAAGGCAGACAUCGUCCACGCCUUCCUCUCCAUCCCCAGCCUGAGCCACAGCGUCAUCUCUCAGACCAGCUUCAGGGCGGAGUACAAGUCCACAGCCGGUCCGACGGUUUUCCAGAAACCGGUGAAAUUCCAGGUGGACAUCACCUACACCGAGAGCACCAGCGCCACCAAGGAUAACGGCAUCUACUCGGUCACCUUCACCCUGCUCUCAGGUCCCAGCCGACGUUUCAAGCGUGUGGUUGAGACCAUCCAGGCCCAGCUGCUCAGCUCUAACGACCAGCCCGGCAUCCAGCCACAGAUAUCUGAUGGCUCUCAGCGCUCAGCCUCUUUGCCCAGUAAAUCCUCAAAGCGUGGCAGCCCGUUGAGUAACUUCUUUGACGUAAUUAAACAGCUUUUUUCAGACGAGAAGAACAUCCAAGCGUCCCACUCCCCUGGCGCCCCCGCCACGCCUAGCUCCCCCGCCAAGCAUGCCCCCAGCAGCAAGCCCAACCAGCCCCCGCCCAAUGACUCUAAAUGCCCCCCCGGCAAAGACAAAACAAAGAUGGCCGCCAGCAACAGGACACAGGAACAACCUUAAGGAGCGGUAGCUGUGCAUGACUAGACAAAAAGCAGUUAUCAGGUCAUUAAACAGGAGAACGACAGAGGAGAGCUGCUAACUUUACCCUUUAGUUAGGAGUGAGAACAAAAAAAGAAAUCUACUUUUUGCCUAUAACUUUUGUACUGUAUACUGGGAAUGGCUAUUUCAGUUUAAAAGUUGAUCAGUAUUUUACAAUAAGUAGCAAAUGUAGCUUUGUUGUCCCUACCUUGUGUCCCUCUGUGUCCUCGGGGGUCUUUCAGUGGGUGUGUGUCCUCCUCACAUGUGUGAUGAUGGCUUGACUUGUCUCUGCCACCAGGGAUCAUCCAUAAUAACUAUUAACCUCGGCGGCUCUGCGAGACAGCCGGGCCCGCUCGCGGCCCGCCACCACCAAGAGAGUCCGAAACUGAAGAAAAGACAGAGGACCCGUCCCUGUCCCUCCCCCGCCUCACCUCACCCCCCUCCCCGACCCCUCCAGUCCUUUCUCCAGCCGCAUCAGUAGAGUCCACCUCUCCCCACCAGACCAAACAGACGCAUCUCAGAAGAGUUGUAAAAAGAAAAAAAAGCCUUAAGACAGUGAUGUUUGUCAAUCUACACACACUUCCCCUCGACUCUUUUCUCUCUUCUAUUCCUCCCACAUGUACAUAAACACACAUACUGUAUGUAGUCCUCUACACAAACAUGACUUCUUUGCGGGAUGUAAUGACUUGCACACGCUGACAAACAGGAAGCACGAGCGGUGGAGGAAGGGCAGACGGACGAACGCUGGCUGGAUUGUAAUUCUUUUUAUUGUCGUCUUUCUUUGUGAACGGCAGGAUUUUUCGAGCUCGCUGUGGGACGUUUCUGUAAAACGGUUCAGGCAGUUCGAAGGCUGCCCAUAAAAGUAUGAUGGGGGGAGGUGAUAUUACAUAAAUGAAUGAUCUAUUCUGUUGUACAGAUUAAAUAAUGUUCCGUAUGUACAAAAAGUGUAGUCGUGACAUUUUAGAGUUGUGUUGCCAUAUUUUGUUUUGUAUUCCCGUGCAGGCCUGGUCACACCAGCAGCUAAAAACACACUUUCCUGGAGAAAUGAAUUCAUUCCAAUGGAAUCGCCGCAAGGAGUCGAUUCACUCACAAGGCUGAAAUAAAUCUGUAAAGUGCUGAACUCUGAGGGAACGUAGAGCGGGAGAACCCAAAAUGGAGGGCGCCAUCGUAGUCUAUUAGCUGUGUGUCGCCAUCUUGUAAGAAACGGCCUGAAUUUCAGUUUCAGAAAAUGAACUAAUAUUGUGGCGAAGCAGCUGUGACUGAUGUAAGAUGGCUACUGAAGUUAGCAUGCUAGCCAAACUAGCUCCAGCUUGUCCCGCCUGGUGAUACCUCGGAGGCCCGAGAGCCCGGUCCAAGGAUGUUACAUCAGAACCUGGACUGGAGUGUCGGCUAAUAUGUCCACUUAGCUCCUCAGCUAACUGAGCUCCUUGCUAAUGGAAGCUAGUCGCUAUAGCUAAGUAUAGUGAGCAGUGGUUAGCGGUUCUGCUGCCUCCUGUAGUUUUGGACCUUCUGAUUCUGGCCAUUUCUUACAAAUGACUCCUUUUAACCUCUGCUGGAGUUUAAACUGGUUCGCGGAUGGUAACGAGAGUCGAGUGAACGAAUGCAUCUUUUGAAUAAGCUCUGAACUAACUGAAUACUGUAUAAUAAUGUUAGCAUGUUCUCUGACCUCACCAGCGACUCACUCAGUAAAGUUUGUACAACAACACUAUUGAUGAAUCAUCCGCCCGUCUGCUGUGACCAGGCCGAUCAAUGAAACAUCUUUUUCUUUUUGCACUUUUGAGAAGUGACUCUUUGGAUUCAGUUAUAUCACGUCAGCGCAUUUUUAAUUUUGCAUUAUAAUUUUUUACAAUAUUGAACUGCUGUGUAUAUUUUUGUACUUUAUUGUAUUUUGUCAUUUUUCUUUCUUUUUUUUUUGGUUAUUAAUUUAUUCUCCGUUAUUUAUAUGAAAGAUGUAGAGAAUGUUUCUUAACGUCAAAUUAUUUAAGGAUAUUUUUGUCAUGUUUAAGUUAUUUGAUCACCGAGAAAACUCGAAGACGUUUGUGAGCGUUUUGUUCCUUUUUCCCGGCUUUUUUGACGAGAGAAACUUGUAAUAUACGUUUGGAAAAUGAUUUACCGUAAUUUAAGAAUGUAGACGUAGCCUCUUUGAGAGGAACAAACCCUUUGUUGAUAAUUGUCGGCUCCCUCUUCCCCUCCGUCUGUAUGAAGACUCAGAUCUCACCAAAACACUCAUUCUGUAAAUAAGCCAAGUUUACUGACAAGCUUAUUUAAAAAAACCAAGGGGAUUCCUACUCUUAGCUUUGACCUCGUACGGUUGUUUGCAUGUUCAGCAUUCGUCUUUUCUUUGCAUGUCGUCGUUGGAAUUGUUCUCCCGCUCCCUUUUUCUCUCCACACUUAUUUAUGUAUUUAUGUUCUUUACGUGCUUUUCUUUUUGAUUUGCCUUCUGAUUUCUUUUGUAAGCUUUUUAUUUUUCUUUCGCCGUCCUCUUUCCCUCGCCCCUCUUUUUGAUUACUGUGUCCACACAGUAACCGUGCAAUGCAUCCUCCUUACUCAUUCUCUCAAAGAGGGACCUCUCUGGCGAUCGGGUCGCUCACCAGCUCGGUGGGCGUUGGGUUAUCAGAGAGAAAAAUUAAAGCAAUACCUUUCAUUGUUCGCUUUCCUCUUUUUCUACUGGGGGAAUCCAGAGCACACAGAAUGGACUCGGAGCACGGAGCGCUACUACUGAGCAGGAUAACCACUGGCAAUGUAUUCCCUUGUGAUGUUACUGUGAACAACUUCAGUGCUAAAGGAAAUAAAUCUGUUGACUUUG